GAAAAUGCUCCAUCUGUUUAUUGGCGACACAACAGCUCUAUUCAAACAAAUACUAAAUCUUGGUAAUAAUUGUCAAUUAUCAUAUAUGGACGUAUUUGUUAAUCAUUCUAUCGCAUUAAUGGAAAAAUUAGAAACUUUUGUUGGAGAAGAAUUAGAAGUUUCUGAUUAUGUCCUUCGCUGUACUUCGGAUAUAAUAUAUGAUGCCACGCUGGAUACGCAAAUAAAUUCGCUGACAAAUCCGGAUUGUAAAUUAGCUGAAUCAAUAAAAUGUUUGAUGGAUAUAGCAAGGUUCUGUAAAUUAUGGUUACAUUCGAACAUAAUUUUUUAUAACGCUGCUAGAGGAAAGAAAUUUCAUGCCAGCUUGGCUUACCUGGAUAACGUAACAAACAAGAUAAUCAAAGAAAAAAUGGAAUCUAUGUUAAGAAGUAAAAUUAAUCGAGAAUUGACAGCGGAAAAAUUAGGACAAAAACGGAAGAUACUUUCCGAUUUUUUAUUCGAGUUACCGCACGAAGGAAAAGUAUGUACGGAGGAAGAUACUCGCGAUAAAAUAAAUACAAUAAGCAUAGCUGAAAGCGAAACUUCAACCAUAACCAUUAGCUUUAUCCUCUUAAUGGUUGCUACAUUCACGGAAAUUCAAGACAAAGUAUAUGUGGAAGUAAAUCGAAUUUACUGCUCGGACGAUCCGAAAUGUGUUCCAAUGACAUAUAGUAACAUUAAAAGUAUGAAACUUUUGGAACGUGUGAUCAAGGAAACGUUACGUCUAUUUCCUCCAGGUCCUGUCAUCGCUCGGAAAGUGACGCAAGAUAUAAAAGUUACUAAAAAUUGGACUAUACCGAAAGGAUGCUCAGCAGUAUUUCUCCUCUAUAAACUACAUAGAAGCGCAAAAUAUUGGCCACAGCCAUUAAUAUUCGAUCUCGAUAGGUUCCUACUGGGAAAGAAUUGUUCUACAUAUUUCUUUCCAUUUAGUUACGGACGAAGAAAUUGCAUAGGUCAACAUUUCGCUAUGCUAGAGAUGGCAACAGUAAUUGUUACACUGAUAAAAAGAUCAGAUUAUUGAACGACUUCAAUAUUAGUUAGUAAUACUUUCAAACUGAUUGUCGAAAAAUUCUAAAAUAGUUAUCAUUCAGGAAAAUUUCACCGACCACUUUAGAAACAUAACCUCAUUGGAUAACAUUAACUUACUCAAUGUUUUUCAAAUUAGAGAAAGUCUUUAUCCAUUGACCAUUUAUUAUAUAAAAUCAUAUAAAAUAAUGAGAUUCUUUUGUAGUUUUUGUACAAUUCUUAUUUUAUACGAUUAAUAAUUUAUAUUUGGUACAGUUUAUCUACAGUUAUCCACAGGAUUCGUUAUGUUUAUACAUUAAUUAUCUAUAUAUUAUAUUUAUAUAAAUUAAACAUUAGACGACUCGCUGGCUUUAACGUAACGUACAUUUUUAUCAAAAUUUCUUCUAUUGUUACUGGUCGUAUUUUAAUGAUAAAUCUUUUUAACAAAAUAGGAAUUAUUACCUUUAUUUCUAGCAUUGCGAAUUUUUUAUCUAAGAAUGUAAAAUCAAUAGUAAAUGCAUUUUCUAGAAUUUAUGAAAUACAAUUUGGAUAUUAUAUAAAAACAAUCGUAAGGAAUAAAUAUAGCCACAAGGUCGAAUGUCAGUCCAUGUGCAGAGAUUAGGCGAGCACCUUACGCCGGACGUAGAUCGUUGACCCAUGCUCUAAAAAAUGUACACGGUGGAUAGCAAAAAGCGACAAUGCGGGAGUGAAAGAGCGAAAAAAAUGAUUAUCUAUAUAGUACACUAGGCAUGAUAACAGGGAGUAGAACAUGUACAUAAUGUAUAAUUAAUGAGUGAAUUUUAUUCUUCUUAAUAUUGUUAAAUACGAUGAAAAGGCAUUACUUGUAUAGUUUCUAUUUAAUUAUUAUAACAUAUCUUUCAUUAAAUGCCUAAAGAAAAGAUUAGUUUAACAAAAUGGUCAUUUUAGCAUUUAAAAAAUCUCAUCUUCUAUUUAUUCUUUAUUUUCUAAAGACUCUUUAGAGGUAUCGUUUGGAAACAAUCUCGUGUAUAAAUAAAAUAUUCCUGCAAGGAUUUACAUAACUCCAUACAAAUCUAAUACUUUAAUUGAUAUUCAUGAAUAAUAUUAGCAAAUUUCUGCUAAGAAUGUGAGAGAAAGAGAGAGAGAGAGAGAGAGAGAGAGAGAGAGAGAGA